AUGCCAAUGGAAGAGAAUAAGAUUGUGAAUGAGUACACACAAGAUGGAAGUAUAGAUCUUAAAGGAAAACCUGUUCUGAGAUCAAAAACAGGUGGUUGGAAAGCUUGCUCCUUCCUUGUUGUUUAUGGGAUAUUUGAAAGAGUAGCUUACUACGGAAUAUCAUCAAACUUGAUCCUAUAUCUCACAAAGAAGCUUCACCAAGGAACUGUUACCUCUUCCAACAUUGUCAACAACUGGGUUGGCACUGUUUUCAUCACUCCCAUAUUAGGCGCUUAUGUUGCUGAUGUUCACCUUGGACGCUACUGGACUUUUGUUAUUUCAUCUCUUAUAUAUUUAUCGGGUAUGUGUCUACUUACACUAUCAGUUACCCUUACAUGCUUAAAGCCACCAAAGUGUCAUGAAAUGGAUGUAACAAAAUGUGAAGAAGCUUCCACAUUGCAGCUAGUUGUGUUCUAUGUAGCACUCUAUGUUAUAGCAGUGGGAACAGGUGGAACUAAACCCAACAUUUCCACCAUUGGUGCUGACCAGUUUGAUGAUUUUUACCCUAAAGAGAAGGGACUUAAGCUCUCAUUCUUCAACUGGUGGAUGUCAUGCAUUGUCAUGGGGUCACUAUUUGCAUUCACGGUUAUAGUUUAUAUACAAGAUAAUGUGAGUUGGUCUCUUGGUUAUGCUCUUCAAACUAUUGGGUUUGCAAUAUCAAUCAUCACAUUCUUGGCCGGCACGCCUUUUUAUAGACAUAAAUUGAUCUCAGGGAGUCCUAUCAUUAGUAUUGCUAAGGUCAUUGUGGCAGCUAUAAGGAAAUGGAGUGUAAUUGUUCCUCAAGAUCCUAAAGAAUUAUAUGAGCUUAGUUUGGAAGAGUAUACCAAGAAAGGGAAAUUCAAGAUCGACCCGACUACAACAUUCAGGUUCCUUAAUAAGGCUUGUGUGGACACUGGUUCAAGUACUAGUAGUGAAUGGAAGAUAUGCCCAAUAACACAAGUAGAAGAAACCAAACAGAUCCUUACCUUAAUCCCUAUUUGGGUUGCAACAUUUAUUCCAAGUGCAAUGAUUGCUCAAAUGAAUACACUUUUUGUCAAGCAAGGAACUACACUUGACAGAGCCAUUGGAAACUUCAACAUUCCUCCAUCAAGUUUAAACGCAAUCACAAUUUUGACGAUGAUUAUCACGUAUAUACUCUACGAACGUUUCUUCGUCAGGAUUAUGCAGAAACUGACUAAGAAUCCAAGAGGUAUCACUCUCCUUCAAAGAAUGAGCAUAGGCUUCAUGAUCCAUAUAGUGAUAAUGAUAGUUGCAUAUACGGCCGAAAGACAUAGACUUUGUGUGGCUAAACAAUACGGAGUAAUCGAAAAUGGAGGACAGGUUCCAUUGAGCAUAUUUGUUUUGGCUCCUCAAUUUGUACUAAUGGGAAUAGCUGAAGCACUCUUAGAAGGUGCGAAAAUCGAGUAUUUCUAUGAUCAAGCACCGGAAAGCAUGAAGAGCCUUGGAGCUUCAUAUUCCUUAACUACCACUGGCAUUGGCAGUUUCCUUAGUGUUUCUCUUCUGUCAACAGUUUCACACAUCACAAAGAAACAUAGUAAACAAGGGUGGAUUUUGAACAACCUUAAUGCUUCUCAUCUUGAUUAUUACUAUGCAUUUUUGGCUAUACUAAAUGUCUUGAACUUCAUCUUCUUCGUGAUUGUCUCAAAAUCUUAUGUCUAUAGAGCUGAAGUUUCGGAUUCUAUAGAAGUGCUUGAAACUAAGCUAAAAAAGAGGACAACAACAGGUUUUAGUGUCAGAACUGAUGUUAAGCAGUUAGAUGGUUUGGGUGAUUGGAAUCCACAUUAG